CCUCACCCGCCGCCCGGAGCGGAGUCGCGUUGACUGACCAGAGUCCGCGAGUCCCGCUCCGCUCCCGCCGCCUCAGCUUUUUCAAUUUUUACAACAUAGGAAUAUCUUUAACUCGGAAUGUCUCUACAUCAGUUUUUACUAGAGCCAAUCACCUGCCAUGCAUGGAACAGAGACCGUACUCAGAUUGCCAUUAGCCCUAAUAAUCAUGAAGUCCACAUCUACAAGAAGAGUGGGAACCAGUGGGUAAAGGCUCACGAGCUGAAGGAGCACAAUGGGCACAUUACAGGUAUUGACUGGGCUCCCAAAAGCGACCGCAUCGUAACCUGCGGUGCAGACCGUAAUGCCUAUGUCUGGAGUCAGAAGGACGGCGUGUGGAAACCAACCCUUGUGAUCCUGAGAAUUAAUCGUGCAGCCACCUUUGUGAAAUGGUCUCCCCUGGAGAACAAAUUUGCUGUGGGGAGCGGAGCUCGACUUAUAUCCGUGUGCUACUUUGAAUCUGAAAAUGACUGGUGGGUGAGCAAACACAUUAAAAAGCCCAUCCGUUCCACUGUCCUUAGCCUGGACUGGCACCCCAACAACGUUUUGCUGGCUGCGGGAUCCUGUGACUUCAAAUGCAGGGUGUUUUCCGCUUACAUUAAGGAAGUGGAUGAAAAACCAGCCAGUACCCCGUGGGGCUCCAAAAUGCCUUUUGGGCAACUGAUGUCAGAAUUUGGGGGUGCUGGAAGUGGUGGCUGGGUGCACAGUGUCAGUUUUUCUGCCAGCGGGAACCGCCUAGCCUGGGUCAGUCACGAUAGUACCGUGUCGGUUGCUGAUGCCUCAAAAAAUAUGAUGGUUUCGCAGCUGAAAACAGAGUUCCUCCCACUCCUGAGUGUGUCAUUUGUCUCCGAGAACAGUGUGGUGGCAGCUGGCCAUGACUGCUGCCCGAUGCUCUUUAACUGUGAUGACCGUGGCUUGCUGACCUUUGUUUCCAAACUAGACAUUCCAAAACAGAGCAUCCAGCGCAAUAUUUCCGCUAUGGAACGCUUCCGAAACAUGGAUAAAAGAGCCACUACAGAAGAUCGUAACACUACCCUGGAGACACUGCACCAAAACAGUAUAACCCAAGUGUCUAUUUAUGAGAUAGACAAACGAGAUUGUCGUAAAUUCUGCACCACCGGCAUUGAUGGAGCAAUGACCAUCUGGGAUUUCAAGACCUUAGAGUCCUCUAUUCAAGGUCUACGAAUCAUGUAAAGAUGGAUUUCCGUGAUCUAGCAGGACAAACUGCUUGACAGAAUGCAGCUCCCACAUCUGCACAGACCCGAAAAGGGAGGAGGAAGGUGGAAUAUUUGGAAACACUGAGAAAAUACAGCUUGGCAGAUUUUCUUUUGAAUCUAAAUUUGGUGAAUUGUGUUGGUUUCAAAAUCAGCUGUGAUUGUUCUUUUUUUUUUUUAUUUUUUUUUUUUCGGUUGGUUGUUUCAUUCCAUUCUUUACCAAAGCUGCUCCUUAAGUAGUUUAUUGCAGGAAGUUAUGAAUCACUAACUUAAAAGGGGAAUUUUAUGUAAAUUGUCUGCUAGAAAUAAUAAUAAUAAAAACAAAAAGAAAAACUGA